CAAGAAGGGGGCCACCGUCGCCUGCUGGCAGAAGCGCUGCUCGCGCCGCUUCCACCUGCCCUGCAGCUCCCAGCGGGGCUGCAUCUCGCAGUUCUUUGGGGACUACAGGUACGAGCUGCCCUAGCUUGGGCUGCAGCCCCCUCAGCCUGCGCCCUGCAGGCAGAGUCCCCGGUGUGGCACGCGUGGUCCCUGGCCUCACUCAACUCUUCCGUCCUCACGCAGCUCCUUCUGCUGGGAGCACCGCCCGCAGCAGAGCGUGGAGACGCUGCAGGAGGGGCACACCACGUGCAUCAUCUGCAUGGAGGUGGUGGAGGACAGCCUCUCCUACACCACCAUGGUGUGCCCCUCCUGCAAGCACGCCUGGUUCCACCGCGGCUGCAUCCAGGUAGGAGGCCCUUCCCUCUGCCAGCCCGCAGGGACACCAUGCGCCCGCAGCGGCGUCCUGCUCACACGGGGAGUCUCUCUUCCACAGGGACAGGCGCUUCGGGCGGGCCUCAGGCACUUUGCGUGUCCUCACUGCCGGGACCGGGAGCGCUUUCUCCCUGAGAUGCUGCACAUGGGAAUCCGCGUGCCCAACAAAAAGCCGGCUUGGGAGCAAGACGAGGAGGAGGAGCCGGCACUGCCGCAGCUGUAUGGCCGCUGCGAUGCCAGGCAGUGCCUGUACAGGGGAGGCCGCGAGCAGUGGCAAGAGGAAGGGCCCUGGCAGCUGCUGCUCUGCUCCUCCUGUGCCGCCAGCGGGACCCACCGCCGAUGCUCCGGCCUUGGGGACACCACGCAGCAGUGGGAGUGCGCUGGCUGCGCUGGCCCGGGCACUGGCACUGCUCCCAGCUCCUCACCCUCACCACCGGAGAGGAGAGCCGGCCGUGGCAGGGUGCUGCCCCAGCGCCACAGCCCCUACAGCCGGCCACAGCCCUGAUCCCGGCCUGGGGACAGAUGCUCCAGGGGGAGCACAGUGUGCUGCGGCUCGCUUGCAUUUGCCUGUACAAAUAAAGUGGUUUUGGUUUUUUGUCUACAUGA